AUGACGAGUCUCAAGAGAUCGUUGGCGUCUGAUCCAUAUGCCUCGAACAUAUCCAGCAAGGUAUAUGUGAGGUCUACGAAGAGCGGCAAAGUCCAGAAAAUUGUGCGCGAGCUGUAUCUUCGUCAAGAUAUCCCUUGCUCUUCGAGACUCUGCUCGAGCUGUCUGGAGACUGCCCCGAGAGAUGCCAGUGGAGCCCAGGCGCCAUUCAUCCUCUCCGAGAGACCAGCAGGAACAAAGGCAUACCCUCAAGGACACUAUUUAGUGCCAGACACAAAUGCACUGCUUAAUGCCCUCGACCUCUUCGAACAAACUUCCGCAUUCUACGAUGUCAUUAUUUUGCAAACCGUGCUAGAAGAGCUCCGAAAUCGGUCACUUCCUCUCUACAAUCGUCUCAUUGGUCUCACGAAGAGUGAAGAGAAGCGCUUUUAUGUUUUCUUUAACGAUUUCCGGCUAGAGACAUACGUGAUUAGAGAUGAGGGGGAGUCUAUCAACGAUAGAAAUGACAGGGCAGUUCGAAGAGCCGUAAAAUGGUACAGCGAGCAUCUUACGCAGGCUGUGAAAGCAGCGGGAGGCUCGUCGAAGAAGAUCCCUGCGAUUGUAAUGCUGAGUGACGACAAGGAGAAUUUGAAGAAGGCGAAACGGGAUGGUAUUCAGGCAUGUUCUCUGAGUGAUUACGUUGGCGGGCUCGAAAAUGCAGACCAGCUGCUGGAUAUGAUUAGUGUGGUGAAAGAGGGGCGGGAGUUGAGAGAUGCGAAGGCUGCGGAGAGCCUCUAUCAGGAAUACUUCUCGGUAUCGAAGAUGAUGACUGGUGUCAAGAAUGGGACUCUACACCAAGGUAUUUUCAAUGUUUCGCCAUACAAUUACCUCGAAGGCUCGAUACGUGUCCCCGCGUUCGACAAGUCGCUUCUUAUUCUAGGGAGAGAAAAUAUCAACAGAGCUGUUGAGGGUGAUGUUGUGGUUGUUGAAGUUCUUCCUAAGGGCCAGUGGAAAGAACCGUCUACUAAGAUUAUUGAAGAGGAGACAAUCAAUAAGGACGAGAAUGCGGAUGCUGAGGAUGGUGAAGCAGUGGUCACUGAGAGAGAACGCAGGGCGUUGCAAGAAGAGGUCAAGAAGGUGCACAGCAAGAGCUCAGAAGGCCGACCGCAGCCCACAGCCCGAGUAGUAGGAGUGGUGAAAAGAAAUUGGCGACAAUAUGUUGGUCAUGUGGACGAAUCUUCGGUCAGUCAGUCGGUCAAACAGGGUCGAAAGCAGCAGACUGUAUUCCUGAUUCCGAUGGACAAGAGAAUACCGAAGAUCCGAGUCAGAACAAGACAAGCUGGUGAAAUAUUGGGCAAACGUGUCCUAGUCACAAUCGACUCUUGGGACCGAGAUUCGAGGUAUCCAGUUGGCCAUUUCGUGCGAUCACUAGGCGAGCUGGAGACAAAGGGCGCCGAGACGGAGGCUCUUCUGUUAGAGUAUGAUGUUCAAUAUAGACCAUUCCCUAAGGCUGUUCUGGAUUGCUUACCGGUGGAGGGUCAUGACUGGAAGGUACCUGAGAGUACCGAGGAUCCCGGCUGGAGAGGUCGACGAGAUCUUCGAGGGCUGCAAAUAUGCAGUAUCGAUCCUAUUGGUUGUCAAGAUAUCGACGAUGCUCUACAUGCUAGACCACUACCCAAUGGCAACUUCGAGGUUGGGGUUCACAUUGCCGACGUCUCUCACUUCGUCAAGCCCAACAAUGCAAUGGAUGCCGAAGCCAGCAUACGAGGCACGACAGUUUACCUAGUGGACAAGCGGAUUGAUAUGUUGCCAAUGCUUCUUGGUACAGAUCUCUGCUCGUUGAAGCCAUAUGUUGAGCGUUAUGCCUUUUCAGCCAUCUGGGAAAUUACACCCAAUGCUGAGAUUGUCAACUCCGAGUUUACAAAAUCAGUCAUCAAGUCUCGCGAAGCUUUCAGCUACGAGCAGGCCCAGAUUCGAGUCGAUGACGCUUCACAACAGGAUAAACUGACUGAAGCUAUGCGGACUCUGCUUAUGCUUUCCAAGAAGUUCAAGCAAAAGCGUAUGGAUGCAGGAGCGUUGAGUUUAUCAUCCCCUGAAGUCAGAGUUGAAACCGAAUCCGAGACCUCAGAUCCUAUCGAUAUCAAGACCAAGAAACAUCUUGACACCAUGUCUUUAGUCGAAGAAUUCAUGUUACUCGCCAACACCAGCGUAGCGGCCAAAAUCUACGAAGCCUUCCCGCAAACCGCCAUGCUUCGUCGUCACGGCGCCCCUCCAAAGACAAACUUCGAAGAAUUGGGCAACCAGCUCAAAGUGAAGCGUGGCCUCGAGCUUCGUACCUCCUCUUCGAAAGAGCUAGCAGACUCCCUCGACGGCUGCGUCGAUCCCAAAGAGCCAUUCUUCAACACCCUCGUCCGCAUCAUGGCAACUCGCUGCAUGAUGUCCGCCGAGUAUUUCUGCUCCGGCACCCAAGCCUACCCCGAAUUCCGCCAUUACGGCCUCGCAUCGGAAAUCUACACCCAUUUCACAUCUCCUAUUCGCCGAUAUGCGGAUCUUGUCGCACACAGACAGCUCGCUGCUGCCAUUGACUACGAGCCUCUCGACGCCAGCGUCCGCAGCAAAGGCAAGCUCGAAGCCGUCUGCAAGAACAUCAACGUCCGGCACCGCAACGCUCAGCAAGCAGGUCGUGCUUCGAUCGAGUAUUAUGUUGGCCAAGCGCUCAAAGGCCGAAUCGUCGAGGAAGAAGGGUUUGUAAUGAAAGUCUUCUCCAACGGAUUCGUGGUCUUCGUUCCAAGAUUCGGGAUCGAGAGUUUGAUUAGACUUAGGGAUUUGGCUGAUCCGGAGCCGGAGAGUACGUUUGAUGCAGAGAACUAUGUGUUGAAGACGAGUGGCAGUAGAGAGGUGGAGGCCGAGUUGUUUGCGAAGGUUGUUGUGAGGAUUAGUGAUGUUAAGGAGGAGAGCACGGGGAAGAGGAAGGUGAAGUUGGAGCUUGUGAAGACGGGGACGAAGUUAUGA